UCGAGAGCUACAUUUUAGACGCUACCAAAACCGCACAUCUUUUGUAUUUUUCCUCGCAGUCUCUGCGCUGACACAAUGGAAACUCUUAAUGCGAGGAAUAUAAAAGGGUAUUAAUAUGAAACAGGAAAUGACAAGGAGGCCUGCUCGAGGCAACCGGUCAAGCCAGAAACCCACAAAAAAAACAGUACAAUUUAAUUGACAUUUAACAUGUUUAAGUAGGUGCCAUCGCUUCUCUCAAUUCAUAGCUUAUCAGAACCAUGCUGCACAUUUUUAUCACGGUCACGUUGUGUUUGAAAGUUUAUCGAGGAGAAGGUGCUUUGUUGCACCAAACACCGGCUCACCAGUUUGCUGCGGCUGGAGACCUCGUGGAGACUUUCUGUUCCUCCAGCGCGUGCGUCGUAGACACGGAUCUGCUGCGCUGGUUCCUGAAGAAGGACAGCGAGGUGAUCGCUCUGAACACGAGCUGCAAGGCAGGUCCAGGGUGCAGGGUCACUACGAGACGAGCGAGCAAUGGGGACUGCGGGCUGACCAUCCGGGGCGUGCAGCCCGUCGACUCCGGGGUAUAUUACUGCGCUGAAUACAGUUCUAACGCCCUGGAGUUUUCCAGUGGAUCUUUACUCAUCGUCAGAGACAAUUCCACACAAAAUACUACAGUAACGGUCAUGGGCCCCUCUGUCUCCGGCAGCGCGCUCGAUUCCAAGGGGACUCUGACAUUUGUGUGUCUGGUCCGGGGUCUCUCCUCGCCCGCGCUCCGGGUCCAGUGGUUCUUCUCCGGUCACCUGGCAGAGGGAGGCGCUCCAAGCUCCUGGAUCAAAGGGCAGAAAGGCGGAGACGGAGAGAGCUACAGCGCCACGAGCUGGCUGGCAGUCCCGGCGGAGACGUGGCGGAGCGGCACGGUGUGCGCCUGUGCAGCGCAACUGAACUCCAACACCGUCAUCCGCAGCAGGGAUAUUUCAUACCCAGAAUACAAGCAAUGCCUGGUUCACUACAGUGUCCUGGGAGGCUGUGGUAUUGUGCUGGUCUGUGUCCUCAUCGGCAGUCUUACCUGGGCUCGUUCCUGGAGCAAGGAAGGUCAAACAAAUUCAUAUUCGGCUAAUGAACGAGAUGACGUCACACAGACAGCUGUGAGGUAUAAACACCAGACUGCAGGCAGGAACACUAAGAAGCCAGGCUCUGGUGCAAGACAGCACAGCGGUGCGAAGCUGAGAGCGGAGAGAGAGGAUGUGCAGUAUGCCAGUCUGGAGUUCGACCGGCAAGGACGACGGUGAUGAUGUCACCCCCACGUGGAAUGAGAUACACCUGUCUCGUGGGAUAAUCAACUGUGUUCCUCCACACCUGGGGCUUUCUGGGAGCUGAUAUAUAGUAAUACGCUAUAGAUUCAAUAAACAGGUUCCCUUUUCUUCUGUUGAAACCUGGUUCUUGGCUUGUAUGUUAUAUAAUACAUUUUGUCCAGGUAUUCAUGCUUAUAAUGAGGAUCACAGAGCUACUCCAUACGAGCUGACCUGUAUAGCGGAACUCAGAGUAAAGAAAUGAAGCUACUUCCUGUUUAAACUCUAUCUGAACAGGUAGCAUUCUGAAGAAAUAAAGACUCAGUUAUAAACUUAAAAAAUAGUGUUUCUUAUUUUAAAAUGUAAAUAAAAAACCCUGUCCUGUCCUUAAUUAGCUUCAGUCAAGCUUUCCCCUGCACCCCUGGCCAUGGAGGACAGCAUAUGGUGCUUCACAGGCUUUUGAUAGAAACGCAUGAGAAGUGAAAAGUUCAACUACACAAUGAUAAGGGGGUGCAGUGAUAACACUGGAGCUAAUAUAAGGAAAGGGAUUUUAAAACUACACUCGCCUUCAUUUCCAGUCAACACUGGAGUAUGCAUUCUAAACAUUCUGCUUGGAAUUGUAAUUGGGGAACCCGUUCUCAACAACGAGGGCCCAUGUUUGCCAAGGAUGCCAGACAGUUCUCUGGUCUGCAAUCAUUGUUCUAAAACCAGAGAGAUUGGAUUAUUAGUCAAAAACAAUAACGCACUGUUGUGAUGUAGGACCUGUAAUCAUAAAGAAUAACACACUGUGUUGUGAUAUAGGACCUGUAUCAAGGCUCCUGCGAACACAGCCCCCAGAUGAAAAAUCUAAGUUACAUUUUUUUGUGAAAAUGAUUCAUCUCCACGAUCUAUGCUGCAGUGCGCACGGAGCCUGCCUAGAAAUCCAGCCCUGCGAUUAGUCAUGCUGUGCUGAGCGCGGAGAAGGCGCUGUGAGAGUUUACCAGUAGGAGCAUUAAAAUCAGUUUUAUGCACUGGAAUAUUGGUAUUAGAAAUUGCGUUUUGCAGCAUAUCAUGAAGUCAUUGCUCAAAGCUAGUUGUAGUCUAGGCUAUGUAAUACUUUAGUUCAUCCAGUGACAGUGUGGAUAUUGGAAGGCAGUAAAGUAACAUCCUGUAAGCUUGCUUAAAACUGCAAUCACUGUCUGAACCAUCAACUGCUUACAUGGUGAGGUUUGUGGAAUAAACUUUUGCAAUUUGUGUAA